CUCAAGCUGCUGGGGCGUUUGAGUGGGCAGCUCGUCUUGAAAGAUCGUUCUCGUGGUCACACCCGAGCGGACACCACCAGUUUUGCUCCCAUGUGCCAUGGCAGGGGCGGAGCAGAAGAUGGAUCUGCUCAUGGAGAAUUCCGACAGGAUGAGCACGACCGUCGCGAGCCUGGCCGACCUCGUGCGCAGAAUGGACACGCUGACGGAGACGGUCGACCGCCAUGCCAAGUUCUUCGGGCAGGUGCAGCAGGACCUCAGGGCACUCCAGCAGAAGAUGGACAGCGCCAAUACCAUGAGCACCGCCAGCCUCGGUUCUGCCCCUUCCUGGUUGGGGAUGCCAUCUGAUGGUGGAAGUGCCCCGGAGAGGGCGCGCAGGGCUGCAUCCGCUCCGCCGCUCGAUCGACCACACGAUCCAUGCAAGGUAUGGGUUGGAGGGUUCCCGAGGAAGAUGAUGGGCGCCCAGUUCGAAGCUCACUGGAACAAGGUCAAGCAGAUUGUCCCACAGGCUGUGCAUGAGGAAGCUACCGGCCGCUUCUACAACCUUCAGUACGCGUACUUUGUGUUUUUUUCUUCCGAGGUGCACGCCAAGGACUUCUUCUCCAAGACCAGGGACAACGAGGAGGUUAUGACGUGGAAGGACCCGCGCACAGGUACAAGCAAGCUUGUGCGGGCUCGACCAGACCAGACGCUCGACGUGAGGAAGAAGCAGAAGACGCCCGGCCGCUUGUGGGAGCCUGUCCUUCAGAUCCUGAAGGCACACCCGCGCGGGCCGAUGUACUCGCACAAGCUCGGGACCAACGGUCCCAAAGGGAUUCUCUUUGUCACCAGCGCCGACGACGUCUGGGAUUCAUUCACGCUGCAGGAGGCCUCAGACGAGACCUUCACCAUCAUUCCGUGCGACGGCAACCUGCAGGAGUGGGGCAUCUCCAGCACCAAGGCCACCGAGAUUAUCACCGCAGCCACGCAGUAGGAAACUCGCCUGCACUGCAGCAGGCCAAUUAUCUCCUGUCUCUUCGCGUCUCAAGGCAUUGCUUCCCCACUCCAGCGGCAGCAGGCUGCAGGAAACACUAGCAUUGUGCGGGCAGGCACAGGCUAUUUUCCAGCAGUUCCCCCUCGUCCUCCUCCUCCGCUCGUUCUGCCUUUUCUUCGUCUUCUUCCACCUCGCCCAGUCCGAGCGGGAGCUCGAGCCCAGAGAGAGCACCACUGCAUGCCUUCUUUCCGAAGCAGCACUUGAGUAUUUGCAGUUGGAACUAUCAAGGUCUCCACGGCGGAGUAUAGGGUUCUCCUGGGACCCAGCGCCGGAAGCAGAAAGCAUUGACUAUCUUUCCGCCAGGCAUUCGAUUCUACUUCUGCAAGAAAUGCACGGGACUCCUGGGGGCGAUGAAACGCCCCGUCAGUCUCUUCCUCAACAUUGCGUGUGCUCCACCUACUGUUCGUCCGCGCGGGCUGGCGGAUGUGCGAUCAUUAUUCAGAACUCUUCACAUCAGCUAUUUCGUUUUGCCCGCCACAGCGUGCAUCAGGCAGGAAGGAUCCACUCCGUUCUCCUCUCUGGUCCUCUCAGUUGUCA